AAAGGAGGAGGCCUCUCGAUUAUCUAAACAAUGAUACUAUUUGCAAUCACAAAUGGUUGGCUGAUUAGAUGUUCAGCGCGUCGGUACGACAGCAGAGCGGUUUGAGAAGCCGAUUCGGAGUACGACAUAUUUUACGACUGAGUUGUGGAGCAUCACUGCGUUUCUUCGCAUUACCGCCAACAAUGAUGAGCAACGAGAUCACGAUCGACGACUUUCCCGCUUUGAGGCUGAAACAUGUUUUUAUCAAGGAUGAAGUCGGUCUUCUGAAGAGGAUUAACGCGAUGUUGCAAGGAGGUGCAAAUAAUUUGCAGAUAGUCACGGAUUUUGACCUGACCCUGACGAAGCAACACAUUAAUGGGGCGCAUGUACUCAGCAGUUUUGGUAUGUUCCGAAAGAGUAAGCAAUUACCAACAAAAUACUCAGAAGAGGCUAAGCGUUUGUAUGCAAAAUACAGACCUAUGGAGAUAGAUCCGAGUCUGUCUCUGAAUGAGAAAGCAAAUGCUAUGCGCGAUUGGAUGUUGGCUGCACAAGAUCUGCUCAAGGGCAUUGAGUUUGACUCUCACGAGAUGGAGGAAAUAGCUCAAUCAUGCAGUGGAAUCUUGCGAGAUGGUACAGAAGAAAUAUUUGAGAAGCUACACAAUGUACAAGUACCGAUUGUAAUAUUUAGCGCCGGUUUGGGUGAUAUGGUGGAAGCUAUAUUGAGGUAUCACAAUGCUCUCUACGAUAAUGUAAAAGUAAUCUCCAACUUUCUCAAAUAUAACGGAAAUUACUUGGAUGGAUUUGAGAACGAUGUGCUCAUUCACGCAUACAACAAGAAUGAAUGUGCAUUGGAGAAAGAUUAUCUGAAGAUACUUGGAGAAAAACAGAAUAUAUUAUUGAUGGGCGACACGAUUGGCGACGCCGACAUGGUGGAAAGAACGGAAGACACCAAAACUGUCUUGAAAAUAGGAUUUCUUUACGAACAUGUGGAAGCCAGUCUAGACAUGUUUAUGGAGAAAUUCGAUAUCGUUCUUGUCGAUGACCAAACGAUGCGAGUACCGAUGGAAAUAUUGCAAAGCAUUUUGCAACAAUGAUGGCUUGAUGGUGGCUGAUAUUAAAAUUAACUUGCGCCUAUGUGUACGUACAGUUAAGUGCGUACAUCUUUUACAUGUAUCACGAUUUUGUAACUCUUAGAUUAGACUCAAAGCUUUUACACUUGUUUUGUUUGAUCAGGUAACUUAAAAAUAUUAAUAUAUUUUUAACAAUAAUAACAGAAUUAUAUGUUGUAUGCGGGUCAUUAGAUUUAUGAUUGGAAUUAUAGAUUUA